ACACAAACCAGGUAGUGCUCAUCAUAAUCUUCUCUCUCAAGAAUUUUCUCUCACUUUCUCGCCAACCAAACACUCAUUUCGCCAAACCCUAAGAUAUUUUCCCGGAAAAUUUUGCACACGAAGAGUUUCAUACUUCACUGGAAACUCUGAUUUCGUCAGCAUUGUCAAAGUUUGUGGAGGAGGCAGAAAAUCUGCAGUUGAUUUGAAGUGACUGGUUAAAAUGCCGGAUUUUCCCGGGAAAAUGAGCUCGGAAAGUGAGGACAAGGGUCGACUUCCGCACUCUGAAUCUGACGCACAAGACCUCGCCAAACAUUCAAGGAUUACAUAUAGUAGGGAUAUUUUGUUCUCUCUAGCAAAUGUGGAUGCAAGCAUAAAACUUCCGAGUGGGAUCGAAUCUUCGAUUUUAAGUGAACUUUAUUCUGUGUGUCCUCGUUCGUCACAACCUUCUCGUGAUUCAGAAUAUCGUGGACUUCUGGGAAACGGGCACGAACUGGGAGUAUAUGGACGCUUUCCUGGGGAUUCUGCUUCCAUGUUGCAAAACAGUCCUCACCUACUCCAUAAGAGCAAAGAACCAUAUCGUCCUCGACAACUCUAUAAGGCAGUGAAUCGUUUGGGGACAAACCCUUGGAAUUCGUACAAUGAUGAGACUUUUGGUUCUUCCGAGUGUCCAAGUCAGAAGGAAGAAGAGGAGGGAAACAUUACAAGAGAAGCACAUGAAAAAGCCGUCCAAGAGAAGCAAACUCAAAAUUCAAACGAGCAUGACGAAACUUCCAAAUUUGGCUUGUCUCUUGAGGAUUCUACUAACAGUACGAGAAACAAAUGUGAAACAUCAGAGGAACAUGUAGUAUCCCCUGCUUCACCUGUCAAUUCUUCCAACAGUGCAUCACAACAAACUCCUGUAUCUGGACAAGAAUUAUCCCCAGGUCUCCUGGCCAUAUCCGUUGACGAGGAUACUGAAGCAAAAUUCUUAAUUGAUUCGAUCAUACCAGAGCAUUCUGAUCUGACCACAAUUCACCCCGAGGACCCUGAAAUCUGUUGUUCUAAAUUUGUUCACCAGUUUCAUGUUACAGAGAAAACGCCUAGCUAUGGCAUAUCUUGCUGUGAACGGUCUGAAUUUAUAGCUCAUGAAGUUUCAGAGGACCUGACUCAAGAACCAUCAUACGGUGGUUCCGGAGAGGGAUUGCAAUCAACUGAUGCAUCUUCUUUCAUUCAACAAGGUUCUGUUGAAAGGUCAGGAAAGAAUGGCAUUUCAGAACCGUGCAAUUUGCCACUUCCAAUUGCAGAUAAAUAUGUCUUUCCUUCAACCACUGAAGAAUAUGAACUCAUUUCAAUGGAUGGGGAAGACAGCUUGUCCUCAAGCUCUGGUGAACAAAGUAAGGGCAGGGAAACUCAGUUAGUCUCUGAUGAUUUUGUAGAAAAACUCAGAUUGGGUGUUCAAUUUGACCCGGGAUCAGAAUCUAUAGCUUAUGGAGUGUCAAAGGACUUGACCCGAGAACCAUCAUAUGAUACAGUUUCUGGGAAGGGAUUGCAAUCAACUGAUGCAACUUCUUUAAUUCAGCAAAGCUCUUUAGAAAGGUCGGCAAGGAAUGAUGUUUCAGAACCAUGCAAGUUCCCACUUCCUAUUGACGAAUAUGCACUCAUUUGGCUGGAUUGUGAAAAUAUGCUGUUUUCAAGCUCUGGUGAGAAAAGUAAGAGCAGGGAAAGUCGGUUGGCCUCUAAUGAUUUGCUCGAAAAAAUGAGAUCCGGUGUUCCAUUUGACCCAGGGUUGAUACACAAUCCUGUCAGCUGCAUUGAUGAUCUGGAGAGUUUUCCCAUUGAGCUUCUUUUGCCCGAUGAGGACAGCCUAAUUACAGCGGAUGACUUCAAGUUUACACCCGAAAAGGACAAUAACACAAUUGAAGGUAGUCCAGUCAAAGCUGAUGGGGUAAACUCAAGUUCACCGUUUGCUAUUUCCACGAAUCUAACAGGCUUGAAUAUUUUCAAAGAUGAAAAAUCUACUCAACGGAGUUCAGAAGAUUCCACUUCCUUCUGUAAUUCGUAUAAUGUUGUCACUGGCUUGGGGACUUACAGUAACAGUCAAGAACUACAAGCAUACAGAAGCCCUGCAACAUUUCAUCGGGUACGAACCAUACAAUCAAGACAGACGAAGCAAACAUCUUUUUGUCCAUUAGAUUCUCAUCCAGCUCAAGCUCGCAAGGCCUCCGUCCCAUCCCACCAUCCUUUCUCUACUAAUAUACUCCCCAGCACUGUCCAUCACUCCCUUGCAAAACAACACCAGCAACUGCUGCAGAUGCACGUUCCAGGAAGGAUUCCACAACACCAACUUAGUGGGUGUCCCGGAGGUGCAAUGACUCAUUGUCCUUGUGAUCAAUCUCGUUACUUGCAGGAGUUCGGCCCUACUCAAGAUUUUCCUUUGAACUACCAGCCACCAAGUCAUGGAUCUUUCGAAAUGCCAGGUCUAGGGUUUCGUGUCUAUGGGAGCACCGAUGAUCUGACUUUCAACACCCCUCUGCAAGAAACUCAGCGCAAGGCGGGGACAGGCUUCUACCUUGGCCGGCCAUACUCGGACAACCUUUGAGAAACAAAGCGGUUAACGAACAUCUUUACGGCAUCAGCUUAUACGUUGAUUCUACCAAUCUGUAGAUGAUGCGACUGUAAAUAUUUCGGUGUUCACUUCAAGUUUGACUAUUAGUUUCUACUGAAAUAUGACUCUGUACAAGGAAAGCAACGACGCGAAAAAGGCGAAAAUAGAACAGCAGCUUAAGAAGCUUAAAGAAAAGGGGGAGAAAAGUUAUCUUUACGAUUC